CCAAACCAUCAAUGCAGUUUGUUCACGCCAGAAAAUGUGGACAACAAACCCCAUCCACAAUGGGCCUUUUCUCUGCUCCCGGACCCCCGCCAUGGGAGGAGGUUUAGAGGGGUCACAGCGGCUCUGACUUUCCAGCCUGGCGAUGUCACAGGCAGUGGCCCCCGAGAACACAGCUGCCCAUUCAGAUGCCCUGUCCCUGCACCGCCCUGCCUGCGCCCGGCACGACACAGUGUCGUGUGUACCCCACACUCCCGCACACUGGAUGUACGCAAUGGCUGCCGGCUCCGUUCCGUCUUUUCUGCGCUUGAUCCUUGUCCUGCUAACUGUCUCAGCCAGGUGUUCAGUGUCAGCGUUCAGGGUGAUGGAAGGUGCUACUGCCACACUGUCAUGCCAAUAUUCGGUGAGCCGUUGGGGUUUGAAGCGGGUGUGCUGGGGGCGAGAGUGUGGCACGUUCUGGUGCAACGACAUCCUUGUGCAGACAGAUGAAAACGGCGUCAUCUCUAAAGUGUCGGACAGGUACAGACUGCACGGCGACAUCUUCGCGGGAGAAAUGGACUUAGGAAUUCUCGACGUGAAGAGAACCGACAGCGGCCCAUACUGUUGCCGAGUGGACAUAAAUGGGUUUUUCAACGACAUAAAAGUUGUUCAAAACUUGAGGGUGAUGAAAGGUAAUUUAUGGCAGACUCCAGUGGCGGUCACAACAACGAGUGCCGUUGUGAAUAACACAGAUGCUAGGCCGGUCACAGACCACUGGAGAGCUGUUGAGUCAUCACAUCUUGCCAUCCUGCGACAGAACACCAGUGUUUCGCAUUCUGGAACACUUGUGGAGAACCCUCCGCCGAGCCUCUCUCUCCAGAUCAACAUCCCAGUGCUCUCUCUCUCCAUCAGUCUACUCAUACUUAUAACGGGGGCAUUGGUCAUACUGGGGUUCAAACGGGGGAUUCACAGAAGAGCUCUAAAGACAGGCUGCCUGUCAGCCAAGGAACCUCCCCAUAUCAUCUAUGAGAUCCGCUUGAGAAGACCUGUGGAGGAGAACAUCUACACACUGGAUUAAGGACUGAGACACUUUCUCUGUAGAUGUCCUGAAAAGCACACUAUUCACUAUAUGGUACACUACUUUAGACCAGGGCACUAUGGGGAAAUGACUCUGUAUUCAUUAUAUAGUCAAGUACUUUAGACCAGGGAGAGGUUGCACUCUAUUCCCUACAUGGUGAACAAAUUAAUGCUAUUAUUCUAGUGCUUUUUGGGACGCUGGGCUUGUGACACGGACGUCGGUUCAACACAUUAUCAAAUUAACUGCCUGUUUGUCGGAUCACUACUGCCUGUCACUUGUCACUCAAUGAUCAGCCACUCUACCACAGGCUCAGCGACUCUACUUCCACCAACUGUAUUUAUGGCCGUUAGACAGGGAGACACUUUGAAGGAUGAAUUAAAAUAUUGUAGCAAUUUUUGUAGGUGUUUUUAUAUGCUGUUACUGUGUUGUUACACACAUUAUCGGGAUGUUUUCCAAAGCUUUCUAACAUAUGCCUCUUUCUAAUAAAAACAAACAAAUGAAA